UUGGGAGAAGCCUCGCCCAGCGGCGAUAGAUUAGUUAGGCCUCAGAAAGAUGGCGUCCUCGGAGCAGGCAGAGCAGCCGAGCCAGCCAAGCUCUACUCCAGGAAGUGAAAAUGUGGUGCCUCGAGAGCCUCUGAUUGCCACAGCAGUGAAGUUUCUGCAGAAUUCCCGGGUCCGCCAGAGCCCACUUGCAACCAGGAGAGCAUUCCUUAAGAAGAAAGGGCUGACAGAUGAAGAGAUUGAUUUGGCUUUCCAGCAGUCGGGCACGGCUGCCGAUGAGCCUCCGUCCUUGGGCCCGGCCACACAGGUGGUUCCUGUCCAGCCCCCUCACCUCAUUUCUCAGCCGUACAGCCCCGUCGGGUCCCGAUGGAGAGACUACGGUGCCUUGGCUGUCAUCACGGCGGGCAUCGCGUUCGGCUUUCACCAGCUCUACAAGAGAUACCUGCUCCCUCUCAUCAUGGGUGGCCGAGAGGACAGGAAGCACCUGGAAAGGAUGGAGGCAAGUCUCUCGGAGCUGAGUGGCAGCGUGGCACAGACAGUGACUCAGUUACAGAUGACUUUAGCGUCCGUCCAGGAGCUGCUGAUUCAGCAGCAGCAGAAGGUCCAGGAGCUCGCCCAUGAACUGGCUGCAGCCAAGGCCACCACAUCUACCAACUGGAUCCUGGAGUCUCAGAAUAUCAAUGAGCUCAAGUCGGAAAUUAACUCGUUGAAGGGGCUGCUUUUAAAUCGGAGGCAGUUCCCGCCGUCGCCCUCAGCUCCCAAGAUCCCGUCUUGGCAGAUCCCGGUCAAGACCCCGUCACCCUCCAGCCCCGCGGCUGCCAACCACCACAGCAGCAGUGACAUCUCACCCGUCAGCAACGAGUCCACAUCGUCCUCGCCCGUGAAGGAGGGCCACAGCCCCGAGGGCUCCACGGCCACCUACCACCUGCUGGGCCCCCAGGAGGAGGGCCAGGGCGUGGUGGACGUCAAGGGCCAAGUGCGGAUGGAGGUGCAGGGCGAGGAGGAGAAGAGGGAGGACGAGGAGGACGAGGAGGACGAGGACGUGAGCCACGUGGACGAGGAGGACUGCCUCGGGGUGCAGAGGGAGGACCGCCGGGGCGGGGACGGGCAGAUCAACGAGCAGGUGGAGAAGCUGCGCCGGCCGGAGGGCGCCAGCAACGAGAACGAGAGGGACUAGGCCGCCGGGGGGUCCCCGCCAGAGGGACGCGGGGCCUGGCUCCUUCUCAGGCUCUGGGAGGGCGGCCUCGACCCGUGUCCGGGCACAGCCGUUGCAGCCUCCGUGGGGCCCGAGCCCUGUGCGUGGGGUCGCAUUUCCGUGCGGCCAGCUGCCCCUCACCCGAAUGCCAGCCCCAGCCCGCCACUUCCUCUGCUCGGCCCCGGCCCCACGGGCCUGUGACCUUGGCUCAUGCCCGGCGGGGGCCGCUGAGUGCUCUGGGCUCCGCCCCCCUGCGCCCCGGCUCCCGGCCGGAGGUCUCGGCCAGGCUGGAUCUGCGGGCCUCUCAGCUGACCGAACCCGUGCAUGACCAGAGGUAGCUGAGGUACCGGGCUCCGGGUCCCCGUGGGGGCAGGGCUGCCCUGGGGUGUCUGCUGUCCUGCCGCCCUCUUGUCCUGCCUCACGGGGGGCAGGGGGCCGUCCUGUCACAUCUCCGGAAGCCACAGGCCCGUGCUCUUCUCUCUCGGCCGGGGCCCCCCCGGGGCCCCCCACAGCCAGGUCUCGUCCAGGUGAUGCUGCCCACGCACUGCCCCGGCCCCCCCGUGCCCCGUCAUCCUUCCAGACGAAUGAAAUCAUUCUGCACUUCCGCCGUCCUCGCUUGCUGCGUUGUGGCCCAGCUAACCCCGUGGCGGGACGUGCUUUGCUCUUCCACGUAGGAGCCGGGCGCCAGGGCCUCCCUGUCUGCCCUUCCCACCCAGAAACACAUGUUCAUUUGUGUGAUCAGGUAGAGGUUUCAGAAUACAAGAUGCUACUGUAUAUAAUUGUAAUAAAUACGAGUUGUCACUAUUUAA